AUGAGGAGAACGAUACAUAUGUCGUGUUAUAAUUUUGCGAGUAAACCUAAUAUUCAAAAACCAAAACCCGGAUUUGGUAAAAGUUACAGGCGAAUCAUACAUUUUCCAAAUGAAUAUACAGUGAAACCUUUAGAUGUAACAAAUCUCGCUGGAAGGGAUCCUGUGACAGGACGAGUGGUUGCCAAAGGUAUAGGUGGAGGUAUAAAACAUAAAUAUCAUUGGAUUGAUUGGCACAGAGAUGGGCCAACAGAAGGACCACCACAAGAAGAGAAAGUCAUUCAGAUAAUGGAAGAUGGCUGCAGAACAGCUCAUAUAGCCCUUGUUGCAGUUUGUGACAAACUGAAAUACAUACUUGCAACUGAGAAUAUGAAGGCAGGUGACAUUUUAAAGACAUCACGUAACUUGCCAAGAAUACCAGUUAGAGCUAAGGAGGGUGACGCAUAUUUGUUGGGAGCCUUACCAACUGGGACACUUGUACAUUGCAUUGAAAAGGAUCCAGGUAUGGGAGGUCUUUAUGUUCACGCGGCUGGAACUCACGGAACUAUUAUACGGAAACAAGACGAUCGUGUCAUUGUCCAGAUGCCAUCAAAAAGAUUGUUCAGCUUUAGUCAAUAUUGCAUGGCCGUAGUGGGGCGUUUAUCAAACGUGGACCACGGAGACACACCUAUUGGCUCCCCUCAAAGAAACAGGUGGCUCGGUAAUCGACCACGCUCCGGUUUGUGGAAGAGAAAAGAUGGCCGUCACGGAAGGAAAAUUAAACCGCCGAAGCCAGUGAAAGAGAUCUUCCAUCCCACCACUAAACCAUUGCCAGAGAUAAAGUUGAACAUGCACCCAUAG